GUGUGAUUAGAGGCUAAAGAAGAAACAACCGGCGGUCACCUCGCUGAAAGUGUCAUCCACUUGGAAACUGUCUACUUACGACUCCCUACAGGGUCAAGAUGCAGACGCCAGCACAGUCUAUCAUUCAUAGUGGCUACUUCCACCCAACACUCAGAUACUGGCAGACAUGUGCUACAAAUAUAAGACCUGAAAACUUAAUCUACCCAAUUUUCAUUACAGACAGUGCUGAUGCAGUUGAACCCAUUGGUAGCCUGCCUGGACAAGCCAGAUACGGGGUGAACAAGCUGGAGGGAAUGUUGCGGCCACUUGUAGAGAACGGCUUGAGAUGUGUGCUGGUCUUUGGGGUCCCUGCAAAUAUAGCAAAGGAUGAAAGAGGGUCAGGGGCAGACACUGAUGACACGCCAGCCGUGAUGGCCGUGAAGAAGAUCAGAUCCUUAUUCCCCGACCUGCUGGUGGCUUGUGACGUUUGCUUGUGUCCAUACACAUCACACGGUCAUUGUGGUAUCUUGAAUGAGGGUGGUUCUCUUAACAAUGAUGCUAGCUGUUUGAGACUGGCAGAAGUGGCACUGUCUUACGCCAAAGCUGGUUGUCAUAUAAUUGCUCCCUCUGAUAUGAUGGAUGGCAGAGUCGGGGCCAUAAAACAAGCGCUGCUUGCUAAUGGUUUAGGAAACAGGGUGUCAGUGCUAAGCUACAGUGCCAAAUUUGCCUCAUGUUAUUAUGGUCCUUUCAGAGAUGCUGCACAGUCCAAGCCAGCUUUUGGGGACAGGCGCUGCUACCAACUUCCUCCUGGAGCAAGAGGUCUUGCCAUUCGGGCUGUGGAACGAGAUGUAAAGGAGGGAGCUGAUAUGUUGAUGGUGAAACCAGGUCUGCCGUAUUUGGACGUUGUGAGAGAAGUCAAAGACAAGUUUCCCACUCAUCCCCUUGCUGUUUAUAAUGUGUCGGGGGAGUUUGCCAUGAUGUGGCACGGAGCGCAAGCUGGAGCCUUUGACUUAAAAGCCGCAGUGAUGGAAGCUAUGACCGGUUUCCGCAGAGCAGGUGCUGACAUUAUCAUUACCUACUACACCCCUCAGUUGCUCAACUGGCUGAAAGAAUGAGGAUGUGAGUCUCCAUUAAGAAGACAUUGUCUCCUUUUAAAGCUAAUGACCAAAAAUCUGCAAUUGAAAAUCUUAGGCCUUUGGCAAAUAUUGUACAUUUUGGCAUUUAUUCGCGUCUGUAUUGGGAAAACUGGGCUAUACAUAAAAAUGUGUGGCAUUACUGUUUUUUUUUUUUUUAAACGUUGUUUUGAGCACCUAAUAUCCUAGUUAAACAGGUGCAGCUAAUAAAAAAAUUGAUGUUUUGUCUUUUCUAGGCAUUUCCAAAAGUCAAAUUGUUAUGUUAUAUACAGUCGGGUCCCUAAAUACUGGGACAGUGACAGUUUUGAGCAUCCCAGCUCUGUACCAUACAACAGUGGAUUUGAAAUAAAGCUAUUGAAAAAAAUGUUUUUUUAAUAGAUGUAACCGUUAUAAACCCCAUGCAUUUCAGCCUUCUGGUAAUAAUAUUCUCCUAAUGUAUUAAAUUUCAGGAACAAUGUAAUUCCAACCACAGUCAAGCAAUGUUCGAUACCUGUGACGUAGUGCUGUUUUAUCCACUUGUGCCAUU